UUCUGCCUGCCUUGCCGGUUCACAGAGUGGAAGCUCCCUGGAGCUGUUCUGUUUUCUUCUGAAGCCUCAGCAGGAUCCCUCUCAGAACUAGCUGCCGAGAGGUCUGAACAGGAGCCACCAUGCAGUGUUUCAGCUUCAUUAAGAACAUGAUGGUCUUCUUCAAUACGCUCAUCUUUCUGUGUGGUGCUGCCCUGUUGGCUGUGGGCAUUUGGGUGUCGGUUGAUGGGCCAUCCUUCGUGAAGAUCUUUGGGCCGAUGUCAUCCAGUGCCAUGCAGUUUAUCAACGUGGGCUACUUCCUCAUCGCAGCUGGAGUUGUGCUCUUUGUUCUUGGUUUCCUGGGCUGCUACGGUGCUAAGUCUGAGAACAAGUGUGCACUCAUGACGUUCUUCUUCAUCAUCCUCCUCAUCUUUGUUGCUGAGAUUGCAGCUGCUGUGGUUGCCUUGGUGUACACCACAAUGGCUGAGGAAUUCCUGAAAAUGGUGGUAGUACCUGCCAUCAAGAAAGACUAUGGUUCCCAGAAAGACUUCACCCAAGUGUGGAACUAUACCAUGGAAGGGCUCAAGUGUUGUGGCUUCAACAACUACACGGAUUUUGAGGACUCGCCCUACUUCAAAGAAAACCAACUCUUUCCUCCAUACUGUUGUAUCAACAUCAACGGAACAGCUGAAGAACCUUGUACCAUGUAUGAGGCCCAGAAAAACUCUGUACAGGGUUGCUUCAAACAGCUUCUGCAUGACAUCCGAACCAAUGCAUUCACUGUGGGUGGUGUGGCCUUUGGAAUUGGGGCCCUGGAGCUGGCUGCCAUGAUUGUAUCCAUGUACCUGUACUGCCAUCUGAAAUAAGUCCACUUCUGCCUCCGCCAUUGCUGUUGCCACAUGGGAACUGGAAAAAGGCACCAUGGCACUAACAGUGUCACUGGGGCUGGAGUGGGCCUGCCCUUGCUGCUCUGAACUUGGGGCUAAAUAGAAAACCACCCCUUUCAGGUUGGGACCCACCUGUUCCAGAGCCUUAAGGUAGCCAAUUCUUCUGACURUUUCCUCAGUCUGUUUCUUCCAGCCUUAAUACCCCCUUAGGCUAAUGGGGGCUUUUGAUGAUCCCAGUCUCCACCGGAGGAUGAGAGAAAGGGACCCAUA